CGUGGGGGGAGUGUGCGACGGGCCGAGCUCUCGAGGACUCUCGAGGACUCAGACUGAAACACUGAGAGACUGAGAGAGCUGUGGAGGCGCAAUCGCUUCGCAGCCGAGAGCUCGUUCGAUUUCCCAGAUCGCGGUCUCGCUCCGUCCUUUCUCCGGCUCGUGCCCGCGCGCGCAUUCAUUCAGUCUCUAAGCGCUUUUCAUUCGGAAAUUCUGAGUCCGAUUUCGGACUGGCAGCUCAAUUCUGGUGCUUUUUUUUUUCUCUCUCUUCUCUCCUCUCCUCUUCUGCCUGCCUUCCUCGUGGAGGCGAUGGCGGGGAGUGGAGCAUUGCUCGUGGAGUCUUUUUGAGUAUGGCAUUGGCCCGGUGGUGAAGAAGGGAGGGAGGGAGGGCGGCGAGGAAGGGUGGUGUUGGUUCGUGCUGCGUUGAAGUGUAGGUGAAUGGCUAUGGCAGGAGUGGCGGGGUUUCAGGUGGUGAUUCAUAAGAAGCAGCUGUUCUCGACGGCGUGGAAAUUGGACGUGCAGGAGAGGCUGUGGGGAAGAGGGGGCAAGUGUGAUGGGAAUGUGCAUUAUUCUAGACAGUUGGGGCCUAGGGCAGCUUCGUCGGCCAUCAAAGCUGGCGCUGAGGGAUCCAAUGGGAGUAAGAAGGCUGCUUCUAAGAAAGGAUCGUCCAAGGCUGGACGAGGAGAGCCCGUGAUGGCGUUCAGAGAUCAGGUUGCCGUUUGUGCUCUGGCCUCUGCCACUUUGGACCGUGCUGCGGUUUCUUCUCCUCCCAGAGGUAGCAUUGUGUUGGAUGAAGGUGCGAGAGUGGCCGCCCCAGGGCGGGAAUUGUCUCCAGCAGGAGAUGCCGCCACUUCUCUCGAGCGUUCCCGCUUAGAAUCGCAGUGGUCAUUGUUCCUCAGUGAUGCGGUCGACAGACCCCUCCCUAAUUUAGAGGGUAUGGGAGAGGAUUUCGGCGAGGAGGUAGUUGAUGUACAGGAGGAGGACUCAGCUAAUGGUUUGAGUGACGGGUUGAAGGCUGUCAAGGUGAUCAGCUCCGGAAGGCCGUCUGCUCGUUUACGACGCCUCGAAGCGAGGCAGAGGAGGUUGUCCGGCGUAGAGAAGCCGUCGCCCAUGGAAGCAUUUAUGAUUCACCCGCUGAGGAAAACUGAAAGUAGCAGUAAAGCCGAUAAGGCGAAGAAACCAGAGGGUGUGCAAGAUUAUCUCUCUACAUAUUUGCGGGACAUCACUAAAAUUGAUAGACUGACGGCCGAAGAAGAGAUUAUGCUCUCUAAGAAGAUCAGGACGGGCUACAUCCUGAAGGAGGAGAGGAAGAAGUUCGAAAGGGCCCUUGGACACCCUAUCACCAAGGAUCAAUGGGCUGGUCACAUGCAUAUGGCUGUCGGAGACUUAGAUGCUCAGUUGCACGAAGCCGAGCUUGCUAGGGACAGGAUGGUGAUGGCAAAUCUGAGACUGGUUGUUUCCGUUGUGAAGCAGUAUAAUUGUGAAGGACUUGAAGUACCUGACUUGAUCCAGGAGGGAUCAAUUGGACUCUUAAAAGGAGUCGAGAAGUUUGAUCACACUCGAGGCUAUAAGCUGUCCACCUAUGUCCACUGGUGGAUCCGUCAGGGUGUCACAAGAGCGAUCGCCGAUCAUUCUCGGACCGUCAGGCUCCCUGUUCAUGUACAUGAUACCCUGGGCCGAAUUCGUCGAACAAGAGCUAGAAUGCUCCAAGAUGGAGCUCCUGCAACUGUACAGACACUGUCGAAGGCCCUCAAUCUUUCCGACAAUCAAGUCAAGAAUGCUUUGAAGGUUCCUAAGAAGCUUAAGUCACUCGAUAUGCAAGUGGGUCACCAAAAGAGCGUUCUUACUGGAGACACUGAGACGUUUCAUAGUCUGGUUGCUGAUCAAGAUUCCGAGAAUCAUCCUUGGGCCGUCGUGGAGAAGGCACAUAUGAAGGAGGACGUCGAUAAGAUGCUAAACACUCAGCUCGGAUCAAGGGAAAGGGAAAUCAUUAAAAUGCACUAUGGAGUUGACUCUGUGGAUGGAUAUCCAAUGUCAUUAGAAAGCAUCAGCCACAGGUACGGUGUUUCAAGAGAACGGGUUAGACAGUUGGAGCGAGCAGCCAAGCGGAAGCUGCAAACGACAAACCAAGGGUUAGAUAAGUAUUGUUGCAUGUCAAUAUAGAGCAACUGUACAAUAUGUCAAUUUAUACGGUCGAUCAGUGUCAGCCUAUGUCAUCUCGAGUAGGUUGACGGUGUAAAGAACCAAUUUGAUGUCAGCAGAUGCAGCUACUGAUCAGAGGAUAACGCAGUUGCAGUUGUGGUGUUAUGAAGAUGUCAUCGAGGUGUGUACUUUAUGUUAAUAUGAUUGCUAGUUAUGUUCAGGUGAAUUCCUUGGCAUUGAGAUUCGCAACGUUCAAUUCAGCACCUUCACUGUCCAGUUAGUGGAAGUGUGGUUUCGGCCUAAGUGCCUGAUAGAGCAAUAUCUCUUUUUUACUUGGCACUUGGAAUGACUGCUGAAACUAAAUUGCCCACCUGUUUUCCAUCGCCUGUUUGCUAAUACGACCAAUUUGAUUAUAUGGAAUCUAC